AUGGAAGAGAAGGAGGAGCCCAAUGAGGAGCAGCCGAAAGAGUCCAGCGGCUAUUUCGCCUGGCUUGGGGCAACCGGUAGCCCAGCGCCUGAAAAGCCUGAAAAGAGCGGCGAGCAAGUGAAGGCAGAGCGCUAUGCCACUCAGAUGUUGGCGCUGGAUCGGGUGAUUUCCAACUGGCAAGCCAGGAGCAUAGACAAGAAGGAUGCUCUGGUACAUUGCGACCACAUCCUUGAAAAUAUCAAGGCCAUCGGCUCUCUAGACGGUGACAUUGCACGGACGUUCCUCAACGAGCGGGGCAUCAGUGACAGCAGGUGUUCCGACCUGUGCCAGUCAGGGUUCCGGGCUGAGGCGGGUGUGGUGUACAUGGAGGCAGAACAGGACGGCUUAUCGAGAGCUGAAGCAGACCUGUGGGCACAAGGUCAUGCUGCCGAAGUCACGGACACCGCUGUGCCGAUUUGCGUCUCCAUACCGCAGAUCCGCGGGUCUAGGUGGUCAAGUACUGCCCAUGCCCAGGAGUACAUCUUCCCGGGAGCGCCGGUGUUGGUCGAUCCGGUUCACUGCAUGGGUGACGACCUUUACCGAGACUACUUCGAAGAGGUUCGAGUUCGGAUGGAAGACAAGACCGCCGAGCAGACCAUGCAGGAUGGGAUACUUGGCACGCGCGUGGAGUUGCUCAUCGCGAAUCAGGCAUUUUUAGAACGGGAAGCACUGUGGAAAACUGAGACAAUGCUUGAGCUGAACGCCUGGGCAGAACACGGCACCCGUGCUGACGGACAGCUGCGCGGAAGUUGCUCUCCUAGGCAGCACCUGAGCGUCCAGAUUGCACAUGACUGCGCAAAGUUGUUGCAUCCGGACAUGUCCGAGCGCAUGCCUGCAGUGAACCUCUGUGAAGGCCGCAUCGUGGUCACCCAGCGCAUUUGCCAGACGUUGCUGCAGAACCCAUUGUCGCCUGAGGCGCAAGACAAGCAAGAGCGGCUGAUCGCAGACGUUGCCGAAGUCAUGCCCAGCUUCACGGCUAACCAGGUGCUUGGAUACUUCACUGGCCUGCCCCAGUACGUCGUGUCAGAUCUCCUCUCUGGAGCUUGCGGCAAGAUGCUGCAGGCACGGUCACGAGCGGAUCGGGAAGCUGACGAGUUUCGCGAGGUGCUGGAGCCGAUGUAUCGAUGGCCCCAGGCCUCGAUCGCAUCUCAGCCUUUGGAAGCUCACGGCCUCCGCUGCAAGGAGGCCGAGCCGGUGCAGGUCGGAGAGCAUGGCGAUGUGACCAGUUACGAUGAGCUGCCUGUGUUUUUCGCAGACCUCGACCACCCGAUGCCGGCAGACGGGCGCAUCACCGACAUCAAGGUGAAUGCAAUGCUGCAUGCAGAUGAGGGCCUGCGCCUGGACGUCAUCCUCCUCCGGCCACAACGAGUCGACGGCCAAUGGCGCUUUGAGCGUCGCGGCGAGCUGGUGCUUCUCGGAGAAGGCGCAGACCAACAGGAUCUGCUGGUUUGGCGUGGUGACAUCUUGGCUUUUGCUGGCAUCGGGCUGCGCAUUUUUUACCGCCCUCCUGGCGGCACAAAGCCUGGCUUGAGCAGUCAUGAAGAGCACAGGCGUGACAAAGCAAGAGUCUCGAAUAUCUGA